UUGCUUGUUGCCAAAUUUGACAAUGAAUAAUUUAUUUGAUACGAAUUUCAUUUUAAAAAUAAAUUGUAUUUAUUCUUAAAAAGGAACAGCAAAAUGCAAUUUAUAUCAAUGCCCCAAUAUUUUGUUUUGAAUAAUGAAAAAAUUAAUAAAUGUCCUGGAAAUGAAAGACUUUCUUCGACAUCAUCAUCAUCAACAUCCUCGUCAGAAGAAACAGGAAAAGCACCCAAAUUAGAUAUAACUUUCACAAACAGAGGUUUUCAAUUGUAUGGAACAUUAAGCAAAAGAGAAUUAUUAAAAUUGCUUAAACAUAAACUUGAACGAUGUAUUCGUGUACAGAUAUAUUCGCCCGAAAAAAUUAUUUAUGAUACUACAAGCAAUGAACGAUUAUGGAUCACUAUUUCUAGCGGUUUAUACAGUACUAAUGUUUUAAAGAAAUUACAGAAAAAUGGAAUAUCUAUACACACUAUCAUAAAAGCAAUGAAACUUGGACUCAUCAGUCUCAGUUAUUGUGAACUUAGUUAUUUUAAAGAUUUCAAUGUGGAUCCAUACAUAAUGGAAUUCAAAGAAAUGUGGUCAACUAAACUAGAUGAUGAAUUAAUUUUAAAUUUAACACCUACUGGUUUAACUGAAUUGGAAUGUUGGAACGUUAUUAUGUAUGGAGUAGCAAUUCAAAAAUCACGCAUUCUAUGUCAUUUAAUGUUAAGUGGCAUUGAUAUUCCUGGGAUUUUAACUUGGCAAUCCCCUAUUAAAAUUGUAUUGCCUGAAAUAAUACAGUUCUUGAAAUACCUUGGAAUAGAUGAAGGUAUCAUACAAGUAGUAAAACAAUUUGGAAUUGAUGAAGAAACUGAGCAAAUGUUGAUUGAUAUAGGAUUUCAUGAGAUGAAAGAACAAUUUUCAAAUAUGGAGGAAGUAGUAUGUGGAACUAAAUUAACAGUGGAAUCAGAUACUUCUAGUUCAAGAGAAACACAAGACAUUUGUAAAACAAAUAAUUUAAAAGCUAUUUCUAGUUCUACAGAUACGUCCAGUGAUUUUCAACUAAAUUCUUGCCAAUGUCAUUUAGCAAAAAAUAAAACAGCAGCUGAAUUGACUGCACAGAGAAACGAUUAUUUGAGACAAAAUAUUAUGGUGCCAUUAGCAUGGGCAAUGGCUAGAACUCUAAGUUACAACCCAACGGAUCCAAUUCAUUAUACAGCAUAUCAAUUGCUGCGCUGGCCACAUAUUAGUGAGACCGAAAAGGAUUCUCUUCAAGAAUUAAUUGCAUUAGAUACUAUAAAAAUGGACCGUAAACUUAUAGAAAAUAAAUGUUUAGAAGAACUAAUUAGAAAUUCGAACGAAAAAAAUGUGCAAAAUACUGUAUGCAAAAGUCCUCAACAGUUCAAACAGAAACAUUGUAAAUGUAAAAGGGAGCCAGUAGAAAAAUAUGAAACUUGUGAAUUCCCUGAAGUAUGUAGUUCUUGUAAAAUCAAUGUAUCAAAUAGCAGCGGGUUUUCACAUUUACAGCAUUAAUUAAAACUUUAUGAAAAUGGUGCAAUAAUUUCACAAGAGUAUUGCAUGGAACAAAAUAAAAUGAACAAACAUUAGUUUUCUCGCAAUAAAAAAAAAGAAAUCCAAGUAUAUUAUGGCAGUGAUUCUAAUUAUAGUUCUUCUUAAAAAUAUGACAUUAUUGUUAAUUUUACAGAUACUUUUGUAACUUUAUCAAUAAUUCUAAAAUAAAGUAUAUAAAAUUUCGAUUAUAUUCGCUACUGAGGUGUGAAUAGCCUUAAAUAUAAUGCGUAUACAUGAGUUUGAUAGCAUACGUUGCCCAAACCACAUUUAAAUUCGUGAUAAGUUUUUGAUCAAUAUAUAAUACAAUGAACUAUGCAUUUGUUUCGUCGAAAUUUUGUUCGUUCUGCAUAACUGUGAAACUUUUAUUUUAAAAGUAUAAUAAAUAAUUAUCAUUUUCGUAAAAAAUUCUUUUCUAUUGUAAACUAAAAGAAUGCCAUAUUAAAACAAAAGUGUAAUGGAUUCACUAACUAUUCAUGUUGAUUCUCUAUAUGUGUAUAAUAAAAACGUAGAUCGUUAAAACAUAGGAUCUGUUUGUUCUUUGUAUAAUUGCUUCUAAACUGUUUCUGUACAUAGAAUAUAAAAAUGAUUUCUGCAAAUGUAAUGAUUCAGGUACUACUGUUAUGAAUCAAUGAUAUAGACUAUUUCGCACGUAAUAGAGUAAAAACAAAAAUAAAAUUAAAGGCAGUACUUGAUAAAUUCCAUGUUCUUUCCAGCUUCUAACACUCUUUACCAUACAUAUUAACUAUGUUUGUUUUUUGUCAAAGACACAGAGAGUA